AUCUCGAAUAGUAGUUCCUUGGCUUGUGAGUUUGCUCAUAGCUGUUAUCGCAUAUUGGAAGUGACUCCUCCGCAAAGGUAUCAGAAUUCUAAAGCAUUCUUCCCUUCACUCCCUGUUUAUUCACGUCGCUACUUUUUCUAUUAUACAUGGUUGGUUUCAACCCGAGGAAAACUAUGUCUCCAUAAGUGUGCGGUUGUGGUGUAGCCGGGUAUUUGCAUCUUUCGUGUGAAAUUCUGGUGUUGAGAGGAAAGCUUAACUUAUCUGAAGACUAUCUAUGGAGGGGGAAGAGGAUCAGGUGAAGAAGGAGAGGGUGGUAGAGGCAAGAGCAAGAAAUAUCAGCCACAAUGUCAGGUGUACAGAGUGUGGUAGCCAGUCCAUUGAAGACUCUCAAGCUGACAUUGCCAUUCUCCUCAGGAAGAUAAUGUCGCUCCAUUUACGAGGAGCAAUUGCAAAGAGCAAAAGGCCUAAAAUAUUUAAGAAAAGGUUGAUUGCCCAUGGUGCUCCAGCUUUUAUGGCCAGAGUUCGUGAUUACCAAUUGGCCGCUAAAAUAGAAAUAUUGAUGUUUUCCUAUUUCUUUAUUCUUGCAAGAUUAAUGUAUACUAAUUUGAGAUCAACGGCAUUGGAUUCAAGAGCUAGGAUUUUAUUUGGCUUAUAAUAAAAAAUAUGUAAAUUUACAUAGCUUUUGUAGUUUUGGUUUGCUCUCGGGCACAAGAUUCAUAGGUUGCCUGCUAUCAUAAAACAAUGAAGAAAGCCUUGCCGAGUUGAGCUGGAUGGUUUCCUGCUGUGGUUUGCGGCGCCGUGCAUUGUGAUCAGAGAGCCUCCUGCGACAGCUUCUCUUCGUUUCAUCAAAUUCAGACAAGCUAUGGAACCUACUACAAUGUUGACAAAAGCAGCUUGCUACACCUGUUGGGGUUUAAAGCUUAAAUGUAGCUUAAAAGAGGGUAAAUGGGAAAUGGAGUGAAAUUAAAAAUAUUUGAGUUUCCUCCUUGACAAAGGGACAUUGUCCCAUAUUGGAAGAGGAAAAGGUUUUGAUGGGUAUAUAUACAAUUGCUUGACUUCUAGCUCUUAAAGAGUUAAAAAGAAGGCAAGUCUCGCGUCAUCGUUGUCACUCGCUCGGUUCGGCUUUGGCUUCAGAUUCAGAUUUAGAUUUAUUCGGAUUUGGACCAAAUUUAUUUGUUAAUAGUAAAUAUUAACAGAAAUGUUAUUA